GCCCGCGUGCGGACUACAAUUCCCAGCGUGCCUCUGGCUUCCGGGCAAGUUCAGAGGAGGCUGUCAUUUCCUAACCGGCCCUCGAAGGAGGAGGAGAAAGGAAAGGGAGGAAAGAGGAGGAGAAAGACAAGAUGGCGCUGACCAGUUUUUUACCAGCGCCAACUCAGCUAUCUCAGGACCAGCUGGAAUUAGAAGAGAGGGCAAGGUCACAAAGAGUAAGGCAGACUGCGUUGGUGUCUUCACGAAGGGAGCCGCCCCCUUAUGGAUACCGGAAGGGAUGGAUACCCCGAAUGCUGGAGGAUUUUGGAGAUGGAGGUGCUUUCCCAGAAAUUCAUGUUGCCCAGUAUCCUCUGGACAUGGGCCGAAAAAAGAAAAUGUCAAAUGCAUUGGCUGUUCAAGUCGAUGCAGAAGGAAAAAUAAAAUACGAUGCUAUAGCUCGGCAAGGACAGUCAAAAGACAAGGUCAUUUACAGCAAAUACACAGAUCUGAUUCCAAAAGAAGUUAUGAAUGUAGAUGACCCUGAUCUUCAAAGACCUGAUGAUGAAGCUGUCAGAGAGCUUACAGAAAAGACCCGGGCAGCCCUGGAAAAGUCUGUCUCCCAGAAAAUUGCAGCAGCCAUGCCAGUCCGAGCAGCAGAUAAACUAGCUCCAGCUCAGUACAUCCGAUACACACCAUCACAGCAGGGUGUGGCUUUCAACUCUGGUGCAAAACAGAGAGUUAUUAGAAUGGUGGAGAUGCAAAAGGACCCAAUGGAACCACCACGAUUUAAGAUUAACAAGAAAAUUCCGCGUGGGCCACCAUCUCCUCCAGCUCCUGUAAUGCAUUCUCCUAGCAGAAAGAUGACUGUAAAGGAGCAACAAGAAUGGAAAAUUCCUCCUUGCAUUUCAAACUGGAAAAAUGCAAAGGGUUAUACAAUUCCAUUAGACAAGCGCCUGGCUGCGGAUGGUAGAGGACUGCAGACAGUACAUAUCAAUGAAAACUUUGCCAAGUUGGCUGAGGCUCUCUACAUUGCUGACAGAAAGGCUCGUGAGGCUGUAGAGAUGCGAGCCCAAGUGGAACGGAAGAUGGCCCAGAAGGAAAAAGAGAAACAUGAAGAAAAAUUGAGGGAAAUGGCGCAAAAGGCCAGGGAGCGAAGAGCUGGGAUCAAAACACAUGUGGAAAAAGAGGAUGGAGAAGCUAGAGAACGUGAUGAAAUUAGACAUGACAGAAGAAAAGAGAGACAGCAUGACCGAAAUCUUUCCAGAGCAGCACCUGACAAAAGGUCAAAGCUGCAAAGGAAUGAGAACAGAGAUAUUAGUGAAGUCAUUGCCUUGGGUGUUCCCAAUCCUCGAACAUCAAAUGAAGUUCAGUAUGAUCAGAGGCUCUUCAACCAAAGUAAGGGUAUGGACAGUGGCUUUGCGGGAGGAGAAGAUGAAAUUUACAAUGUUUAUGACCAGCCCUGGAGAAGUGGUAAAGACAUGGCCCAAAAUAUCUACAGACCUAGUAAAAAUGUGGAUAAAGACAUGUAUGGAGAUGAUCUGGAAGCACGAAUAAAAACUACAAACAGGUUUGUCCCUGAUAAAGAAUUUUCUGGCUCAGAUCGCAGACAAAGAGGUCGAGAAGGACCAGUUCAGUUUGAGGAAGAUCCUUUUGGUCUGGACAAAUUCUUAGAGGAAGCCAAACAGCAUGGGGGCUCAAAAAGGCCUUCUGAUAGUAGCCGCCCUAAAGAACAUGAGCAUGAAGGCAAGAAGAGAAGGAAAGAGUAGUGAGACUAUAUUCACUACUUUGAACAUUUAUGUCUACCCUACAGGGGGCUGUCUGAAUCAACUGGCAGCUCAUGUAUGGUGGCUAUAAUGUGUGAUGAGUCUAACAGGACAAUUUUAUCCACAGAACCAAGGGAAAAGUGAAAAUUGGACCACUGAAUUUUAUAGGUUCUGUAUUUUGAGAACUAGCUGUGCCAUUCUCCUUUAUUUUUACACAGGUAGAGCUCUGUUCUCUUGUGUUAUGUUUGGAAUAUGCUGCUUGAUGUACCCUAUUCUUAGUUAAAGCUGCUUAUUCCAGUUGAUACUACUUCUCCAUGUACAUAAUGAAUCCUGCUUCUGCUGAGUUGUAUGUGAAAGGGGGAAGGGUAUUGUGAUUGUAUAAUUCAUCAUAAGCUUAUAGAAACAGCUGGAUUCCUUUAAUUGAGGUGAAUACAUAUCCAAGUUUAUUUCUGUUUCUUUACAUAGCAGCGAAAUAAAAUAUCCUUCCUUUAACUGA